AUUUGCUGAUUCCCACUUGUUUGAGAGGGGCCUUUGGGCAGUGUUGUUCCCCUUGGCCUGAAUAGGUUUUUUUCAUGGGGGGAGCCUGCCUAGUUUGGCUUGGCAUUUCUUUGCUUGGUACUGGCCUGGGCAUUCCUUGCAUUCUUUGGUUUAUCCAGGCAGUGGCCUUAGCUGUAAGUAUGCCUCCAAAAAAAGGCAUGGGGAAGAGCAAAGGCAAGGAGCCUGCCAAGCGACCCCCUGCUAGGCAAGCUAUGCCUCCUUCGUCAUCAGACGAGGAGGAGGAUGAGGCUGCACAGCAGGAAAUUCUUGCUAAGUUGGCUGCACUCGAGAGGAGCAGGGGGGUUCCCUCUGGGCAGCUUUCAGGCGCUAGGGACCAAAGAGCCUCUAAGAGGGUAUCUACAGCCACCUUCCAGUGUGAGGUGUUAACCCAUUUGUCUCUUCUUGAAGGUUCCACAGGUGCAGUGGCUGCUCAGCCUGGAAGUCUUGAGGCUGGGGGGAUGGCUGAUCUAGAGGAGCAGGAAGCUCAGGAGAUGGCUGAGGGGCCUCCCAUUGCUGUGGUUGUGGAUCAACCUGAGCCUGUGGGUGCUGUUGUUCGCCGUGGGAGGUGUCGGAUUCUCAUUUGUGGACACAGUAUGAUCUUUUGGGCUGUGCAUCAGGCCAAGAGGACUCCGCUGGGGUCCCAGCUUGGCCUUAGCCGGUGGGCCUAGGUUGAGUGGCAGGGCCGUCGGGGCCUACGUUGGCCGGGCCUGUUGCCACUCCUGCUUGAGGGAAGAUCUGCCCCUCCGCCUAAUUUCUUAGUUAUCCACUUAGGUGGAAAUUAUUUGGGUUGGAUUAAAGGUAAGGCCCUUACUUUGCAGGCACAGGCUGACCUAGCAUUCAUUGCCAAGCAAUGGCCUGGUGUACUCAUCAUCUGGUUGGCUAUCUUCCCACGCCGCGUAUGGCGGGAGGCUUUGGACCAUGAUGCAGGGGAGCGUGCCAGGCGUAAGGCCAACAAGGCUAUUUUUAAGGCUUUGGGUGCAGGGCUGGGGAUUUACUUGCCCCACCCGCGAAUUCAUGACUCGUAUGUCGACCUCUACAGAGGAGAUGGUAUUCACUUGUCGCGGAAAGGCAAUGAAAUAUUCUUGACCGAUUUGCGGCAAGGGUUAUGGCUUUCCCUGCAGGAAAUGUGGGGCGUCAGGGCCUAAGCAGAGGCUUGGCCCUUGCGGUGGCAGGUUAGUUUGGGUAGGCAGAGCGGGCCGGUGAGCACCCGGUGGCACAGCCCCAUUGGUGGGGAAUGGGGGUCUGUCUCGAUUCGGCUAGCAGGCUUUACGGCUGCCAGUGGAGAGGGCAGGCUGCCCUGGGACCCCCUGGAAAAGGCCUUCCCUCGGGCUUUAUGGCUGGGGUGUAUGGUGCUUUAAAGGGGGGAACCAUCCGCCUGGCCAACCGGGUUACAGCCAUGCAAUGGAUGGCUCACACCUGGGGC